GCCAUUUAAAAUUUAUCGUGCCACCCACCUAAAAACAUGCAACGAGAUGCCAAACCAGUGAUAAUUAAUAUGCGUAUAAGCAACGAAUUUGAAAGUGAGAAGAUUACGUAUACGACGCAUCGGUUAUUAAAAGUUGUCGACGACUUGCUUAAAUAUUCUUUGCAGAUCUUUGCUGUUUGGUUGCAAAAUGAUUGCUAUUCAGUCUAGUUUUAGAAGUGCAGCUCGCAUCAACAUGACAACUCCAAAAAUGAUACUUUUUGUUGCCCUGGUGGCAGUCAUGGCAGCCAGCUGCUCUGCUGGUUUCUUGGAUUACGUUUUUCCCACUCUCAUGUCUGAGUAUUACUCCCAGGUGCCCACUAAGGAGGGUUACCGCUUUAACUUGAAUGAUCCCAAUGGAAGCUCACGCGAGGAAAUUGGUGUUAUUAUGAAUCCGGGCACACCCGAGGAGCAGCUGGUUGUGAUGGGUACCUACUCCACCUACGAUGAGAAAACUGAUACAGAUACUAUUACCAUGUAUACUGCCGAUAAGGAUGGUUACAAGACUCGCUAUCAGAUCAAGAAUCGUAAAUUGAGCGGGGGAAAUCUCAAAUCUUUGGCUGGCUAAAAUUAAUUUAAAAAUAAAAAAAAAAUACAUUAAAGUCUACAAUUAUUGGAUGCCAAAUCUUGAAGUGGGCGAAAUGAAUUCAGAAAUCAAAAAUAUAGCAAAUUAUACAAUUAUUAAUGCUGAAACUUGCUGGGAACUGGCGAAUUAAUUUAUAAGAGAUUGAAAACAACACACAUUUUGGGAUGAACAAGUGUCGGAAUUUUGAGCAUUAAAAUGUGAAUGUUGUAUUGUUAAGGCCGAAAUUUAUGACAGCUAUUGGCAUUUAGCAAUUGUGUCUGUGAUAACAACUCUUUGACGGUAUUCCCCUGCACAAAGAUGACAGCUGGGGAUCAUUAUUUGUCAUACCACCCACGUAAAUGGCACGUCUUAAAGUUGUCAGCCCAUUGAUCAUUAAUUAAUGUGCUUAACUACAAUGUAGGCACGCUGACCGAACCGAAAGAAAACAAAACGUAAGACCUUUUGGUUGGGUUUGCAUAGAUGCCGGCUAGCAUUGGCGCUGCGUCUGUAUGGGGGACCGGUUUGAGCUAAUAGUAGCAACAGCGAAUUAAAAAGCAAAAAAUAAAUAAUAGAAAAUA